AUGUGGUUCCGAAGCGACCGUCGAUGGGGCACUCCAGACAGUCCUCCCAGCACCGUUCUCCUUCCGACUGUUCUCCCUCGCUCCGUCUCGUUCGUUUGCGUUUGCCACGAUCCGUCGUGGUGGAUGUAUACGUUCACUUUUUUCAUUUGGCAGCAUCCGUCGCGGCUGCCUGACAAAUACGCCUGUGAGGAUCACAUUGUUCUGGUGCACCUGCCAGAGGGACGCCAAGCAAGUGACACGGAGUCGGGGUUUGCUCCGGAAUCGAGGGCGUCGGGCGGUGCCGGCACUGCGGUGGGCGGCGGCCUCUUGUGCGCGCAGGGCGGAUCCGAAGGCAGAAGGCACGCGGAGGACGCGCGGCAGCGGCAGGAGGAGCUGACGGCCUCCCUGAGGAGGCUUGUCCCAGAGAUCGCCGACGCCGAGUCGCUGAUCCAGAGGCUCACGCCGCCGGGCCGUGGCGCCUCCCGGGUGCGCAUGCAUGCCGUGGUGGCCGUGGACCUUCAGGAGCUCGUGGCCACCCUGGUGGUCUGCGCCCAAAGCGACGGCGGGCAGGACGACGAGUGGCUCUCUCGCGAAGAGUUCUCUGCACGGCAUGACUGGCUCCAGCGGCGGGCCGCCCGCGGCGGCCGCUGCGCGGACGCCUGGGCCGCGUCUGCCGAGGCUUCGCGACGGGGCCCUGGCCGACCUGGGUUUGUGCUGACCGAGGUUGCCCUGGGUCGACGGACCGCGGCCGCCCUGCGGCGCGAGCUGGCCGAAGCCCGCGCCGAGCUUGCCGAGGCGCGUGGCGCGCUGCAGCACGAGGAGCGGGCGCUGGCCGCGCAGCGCGGCCUCGCCGGCCCGGGCGGCCUCGCCGGCCCGGGCGACUGCCACGGCGCGGCGCUGGAGAGGCGCGUGGAGGACAGCCUCGCGCAGGCCGCCCGCGCGCUGGACGAGGCCGAGGCGCUCCUGGCGGCGGCGCCCCGGAGGGGCCCCCUGCCGGCCGCGCCGGGCGCCCCCUGCGCGUGGGAGCGGCGCCGGGCUCCCGGAGUCCAGGCCACCGUGAAGGUGGGCGCCGUGCUCAUCGACGUGGACGUCGGCGGUGGACGCGCCAUAGCAGCGUGCCGGCAGAGCCCCCCGCUCAGACAGGCGCCGGCCGGCGGCGCUGGCGUCCAGCAGUUCAAGCUCGCCGACAUCGGCGAGGGGAUCGCCGAGGCGGCGCAGCGGGCGCGCUCCUGCAAGCAGGACUCGGAGGAGGAGGUUGCCGCUGUCGCCUGCGAGGUGAGCGCUCUCGGCCGCCCGACCGAGCUGGACCGCCAUCUCGGCUUUAUCUACAAGACCGAGCGCGACCUCUACAUAUUGAACGGCUAUGCGCCGACCAACUCCCCACCGUACCAACCUGUGGGAGCCGACCGUGACAACCAGCUGCAGGUGUUCGAGACUGACUGCGCUGUGAGCUACAGAAUCGCCAAAUUCGAGGCGACUGGCGCCAGGCAUGCGGCCCAGGAGGCUGUCCGCUCGGAGAAGAGGCAGCACGUCGCGACUCUGGUCGCUGAUGCAGAGAGAGCGGGCGCAGUCCACGACAUUCGACGUUGCUACUCCAUCAUCAAGAGGCUCGCGCCCAAGCCUAGGAUGCCGAUGCUGACUGUCCGCAACCCUGCCACUGGCGACCUGUGUUUCGAUGGCGUAGAGGACCAGCAGGUCCGCACGGACGCGCUGUGCUCCAUUUUCGAGGCUUCAGAGCUGCCCAUGGACGACGACGGCGGGCCCCAGGAGAUCACUGAUGCCCCCGAUGAGGACCUCGUAGGCCAGUGCGACGUCAAUGACGUGACCCAGGCUCUGGAAAGGCCCCCCAACUUCAAGAUUGCCCCUGUCCUCAAGUGGACUGACCCCGUCACCGCCCAGGACCAUUACAGAACCAUCAACAUCAUCGGCCACGCGGGCAAGGCCUUCACGAAUGUGACCAUGAUGCCCGAGUUGCGCCAGAUGCGAGGUAGUGUGGAGGGCCCACGGUCAUUCUUCGCGAUCUAUGACAUGAUUACCAACGAUAUCGGCGACCAAACGUUAGCGGCGGGGUUCAAGGGCGUCCAGGUUCAGUGCGACCCCUCCUUCCAGGUUUUCAGGAAUUCCGAGGACUUCACGACUACCGAGUUAUCCGAUCUAGACGCGUCCCAGAUCAAAUUCGUAGAUGACCUGAUCGCGCUGACUAUCGCCGUUAACUUCGAUGCCGCCACCUCGUUCCUAGACUUCCUGAGGAAUCAAGUUAACGCCAGCCUUCUGACCAUGAACGUUCCAAAAACUGAGUUGACGCUGGGCGGCGCGGGGGAAGGGCUGCAGGAAAACGUUCACAACAUAUUGCAAAACAACAGACUGACAUUAACAUGA